AUGGCCCAACACGAUAUAGAUGCUACGGAUAUCAUCUCGAGACGAUCUAUAACCUCUCUCAUUAGCGUGCACUCGGCACCCGUUCGGGACGGACUUCCAGACCCACCGAUGAAGUUGGGCCAGGAUAUUAUAAUUGAGAUCCCGCCUACAUCUGCUGCGGACGACGAGGCUUUCGUGGCAGCUCUCGUGGAAAUUAUCAACGCCGCAUACACAGAAACAGAGGGUGAUAUUUUUAAACCCGGCUACCUACGAACAUCGGGGCAAGACAUAGCAACUCUCUUGCGAUCCAGCGAACUAGCAGUUGCGUCACAACAUACAUCGUCUGGUGGUCGUAUUCCUCUAGGCUGUAUUUCUAUUCAGAAACUGGGUGAAACUCGCGCCGAACUCGGUCUAUUUGCAGUUGUAGCCGAGCUACGUGGUAACGGACUUGGUCGGGACCUGCUUGAAUUUGCUGAGCAGCAUUGCCUUAGCGAGCUGGGGGAUUCUGGGGCUGUUGUCACUCAACUUAACGUCCUAUUUCCGAAACAUUUCGAGCACCCAUUCAAAAUUCGCCUGCAGAAAUGGUACAUGAAGCUGGGCUAUCAGAUCGUAAGGCAUCGAGACUUUUUACUUGAUUACCCGCAGUUGGCACCGCUACUUACAGGGCCCACUGAAUACCGUAUGCUUGAAAAGAAGUUAGUUUAG